GCGAAGUCUGGCCCCAAAUCGUCACCAAACUGAUCCAAAACCCCAUCGGGCUUAUCGCCUUUAAUAUCUCCGCAUCUCUACUCCCUCUCGAGUGGCAACCUGUGAUUCAGACAUUUUGCUACCGUCAGAAUACCAAUACAAUGUCCGGGUUGGAAAAAGCGCUCUUCAACCUCAAGUUCACGGCCAAGCAGCUGAACCGACAAGCCGCCAAGGCGAAGAAGGAAGAAAAUGCAGAAAAAGCAAAAGUGAAAAAGGCUAUCGCCGACAAGCAUGAACCGAUUGCCCGAAUCCACGCACAGAAUGCGAUCCGCAAAGGCAACGAGUGCAUAAACCUACUGACCCUAGCCUCGCGCAUUGACGCUGUGAGUAGCCGAGUCCAGACCGCAGUCACGAUGCGGCAGGUCACGAAAGGAAUGGGGAAUGUAGUCAAGGGCAUGGACCAGGCGAUGAGCUCGAUGGACCCGGCGAAGAUUUCAGAAUUUAUGGACCGCUUUGAAUCUCAAUUUGAGGACUUGGACGUCGCGACGGCCUAUUAUGAAAACGCAACUUCAGCGGCGACUGCUACGACGACACCGCAAGACGAUGUCGACCGCCUGAUGGCGCAAGCCGCAGACGAGGCCGGUGUCGAGUUGCAUCAGGAGCUGGAUGCCGCAACGCCUGCGGCGACGAAGAUUGGUCCCACCGAGGAAGAGGAGGAUAAUUUGGGUGAAAGAUUACGUGCUCUGCGAAACUAGAAAGAGAGAAGAGGGAAGUCUGGCUCACAUACAUUUGACAAGCUCACGCGCCGACAGGUCGGCUUAUACGAUUGAUGAAUUGAAAUAUAUCUAUUCUCAUGGCUCACAUGUUGCGCCGUUGCGGUUCCAAAGGGGCCACGGUUAUUGUUGUUUUAUCUCUUUCGCAGGGGACUGUCCAUGUUGCAGAUAUUCUCGGG